AUGGGUGGCAUAGUCUUCGAGGCCAUUCGACUAGUCAUGAUCCAGGUGCUCCUCAAGGGUGAGGACGCGCAGAAGAUGGACCCCCUCGUUAGUCUCUAUUACUUCGCCCCCAUCUGCGCUAUCAUGAACUUCUUUGUCGCCUGGGCGAGUGAAUUCAGUACCUUUAAGAUGAGCGACCUACAACACACGGGGGUUGCAACACUGCUGCUCAACGCGACUGUAGCCUUCAUGCUCAACGUAUCUAGCGUCUUUCUUAUUGGUAAAACAUCCGGUCUCGUCAUGACCCUCAGCAGCAUCUUCAAAAACAUCCUUCUGAUUAUCGUCUCUGUCAUUAUCUGGCAGAACACCAUCAGCUUGAUGCAGUUUUUUGGUUAUAGCAUCGCUCUUGUGGGCCUCGUUAUCUACUCAACUGGAUGGGAGCAACUCAAGGGGUCGGGCACUGACGCCGUUGCGUGGGCCUGCACCCUUUGGGACUCGUACACACUCGACGAGGGGCGCCGCUCGCAGUUUAGGGAACACGCUAUUGUUGUUGGUCUGAUAGUCCUCAUCAUUGGGAUGCUCAUCUUGGGCUUCACCUAUGGAGCCUCGACAGUGCCGUUGAACUCGUUGACCACGAUGGAGACCGUCGGCAAUUAG